GUCCAGGAUGGCAGCCGUGUCUCUCUGGGCCUUGGGCCUCCUGGUGCUCCAGAUGCUGCCCUUUGUGGCUGGGGAACAGGGCACACAGGACACUGUUCCUGCCACUACCACCACUGAAAACGGGCUCCACAUGCAGAAGGUGGGGUCUGGGUCAGUGCGGGCCGCGCUGGCAGAGCUGGUGGCCCUGCCCUGUCUCUUCACCCUGAGGCCACAGCAGAGGGCAGCCCGGGAAGCCCCUCGGAUCAAGUGGACCAAGGUGCGGACUGCAUCAGGCCAGCGGCAAGACUUGCCUAUCCUGGUGGCCAAGGACAACGUGGUUCGAGUGGCCAAGGGCUGGCAGGGACGUGUAUCACUGCCUGCCUACCCCCGGCACCGGGCCAAUGCCACGCUGCUACUCGGGCCGCUGAGGGCCAGUGACUCCGGGCUCUACCGCUGCCAGGUGGUGAGGGGCAUCGAGGAUGAGCAGGACCUGGUGCCCCUGGAGGUGACGGGUGUCGUUUUCCACUACCGGGCAGCCCAGGAUCGCUAUGCCCUGACCUUCGCCGAGGCCCAGGAGGCCUGUCGUCUCAGCUCCGCCACCAUUGCAGCCCCGCGGCACCUGCAGGCUGCCUUUGAGGAUGGCUUUGACAACUGUGACGCUGGGUGGCUUUCGGACCGCACUGUUCGGUACCCUAUCACUCAGUCCCGCCCUGGGUGCUAUGGCGACCGUCGCAGCCUUCCAGGGGUGAGGAGCUAUGGGAGGCGUGACCCACGGGAACUCUACGAUGUGUAUUGCUUUGCCCGUGAGCUGGGGGGCGAGGUCUUCUAUGUGGGCCCGGCCCGCCGCCUGACACUGGCUGGCGCGCGUGCCCAGUGCCGCCGCCAGGGCGCCGCGCUGGCCUCGGUGGGACAGCUGCACCUGGCCUGGCACGAGGGCCUGGACCAGUGCGACCCGGGCUGGCUGGCCGACGGCAGCGUGCGCUACCCGAUCCAGACGCCGCGCCGGCGCUGCGGGGGUCCAGCCCCCGGCGUGCGCACCGUCUACCGCUUCGCCAACCGCACCGGCUUCCCGGCGCCUGGAGCGCGCUUCGACGCCUACUGCUUCCGAGCUCAUCACCCUACGCCACAACAUGGAGACCCAGAGACCCCCUCGUCUGGGGAUGAAGGGGAGAUUCUGUCAGCCGAAGGGCCCCUGGCCCGGGAACUGGAGCCUAGCCUGGGGGAGGAGGAGGUGGUCACCCCUGACUUCCAGGAACCUCUGGUGUCCAGUGGAGAGGAAGAGCCUCUGAUCUUGGCAGAGAGGCAGGAGUCUCAAGAGACUCCCAGCCCUGCCUCUGGGGGUCCCAUGCUAGCCUCAAGGCCUGCCCUGGAGGCUGAGGAGGUGUGGCUGAGCACCGUGGCCCCCAGCCGCAGUAGCAUGGAGGCAGGCACUGCCCGAACCACGCACAGGGAGGCAACCCCAGCCAGCGCAACACCUAGGAAGAGGGGCCGCUUUAAAGGGUUGAAUGGGCGCCACUUCCAGGAGCAGGAACCCCAGCAAGGGCUGGAGGGGGGGCUUGAGGCCAGUGCCCAUGCCCCUACCUCAGAGGCUGCUGGGAAUCAGGUGGAGCCUCCCCUGGCCGUGGAAACCACAGAUGCCUUGAGGACUGGACCGAACCAGAGCCCCUGGGCCGUUCUGACUAAUGAGGUGGAUGUGCCUGGAGCUGGUUCCCUUGGUGGCAGGAGCCCUCCAGAGCCCUGGCUGUGGCCCCCAACCAUGGCCCCACCCAGCAUCCCAGGCCCCAGCAGGGCCCUUGGCCUGGAGCUGGAGGAAGUCGAGGGCCCUAGUGUGAGGCCAGCCACCCCCAACCUGCCGUGGUCCCCCUUGGAGGCCACUGCCCUGGGUCCCAGACCCUCAGAGGGGCCCAGCACUAUCCCCUGGGAGGCACCCCCCAUGAUCUCUUCCCCAGACCUCCCUGUCGUGGCCAUGCUUCGUGCCCCCAAGCUGGGGCUCCUACCACACCCUACGCCCCUCACCACCCAGGCCAAUGGGAUCAAGAGGCAUGGUGAGGCCAUGGUCACUGCCCCACCCUCCCCUGCCUCAGAGAUCGAGGCCAGCCCCCAGGACCCCAUCCAUCCAGAGCUGUAUUCCUUGCCCCCCUCCUUGGACCUGAAAGAACAGGGUGGAGAGGCCACAUCCUCAACACUCACCAGUCCUAACUCCCCCAGGGCAGACCUUGGAGAAACUGGGGGGACCAGCCUUACUGGACUCAGCAAAGCUGAGCACCCCAGAUCCAGCCCACAAGCUUCUGUGGAUGGGAAUGAGGUGGUAGAUUUUGCCCCCACUGAGACUGCCACUGAGCCUACAGGAGUGACAGGCAUCUUGGGGUCUGAGUCUGGGGUCUUCAGCACAGCAGAGAGCCCCACUUUCAGCUCACAGGCCACCGUGGAUGAGGCGCAGGGGACAUGGCCCUCACUGCACAGUGGAGGGUUGGACCUCCACCCCCCGUUUGCAUCCUCAGGGGGCCCUGGAGUCUCCCUGAUGCCCAGGGUCACCCCAAGUUUGGAGCCUUGGGCUGCUACAGAAGCGACAGUGGGUCCCACAGAUUCCAUGGCCACGCUGGGUCCCAGGAAUGCCGGUGGGAUUUGGGAUUCUGGAUCCUACGCGGUUGAGGGCGCUGACAGCCCCACCUUGAGCCUUCAAGUGGCUGUGGAUACAAGUGUGGUGACGUCCCUCAUGUCCCUGGAUCCAGGGGACAAGGUUAGGGUCCUGGCCAUGUCCACAGUGGCCUUCUCAAAAUCCCAAUCCCACCUGGAGCUGGAAGGCCAGAUGGUGACGCAGGGAACGCUGGGAGCGUCGGCCCCUCGGCAUGAGGGCAGCCCCCUUGGGGAGCCCACUUUCCCUCCUUGGACACCAACGGCAGCCAGCAUGGACGAGCCUGUCUCAGUUUCCUCGGGGGAGCCUACAGUGCCUUGGGACUCCCAUAGCACCCUGCUGCCUGCCUCCCUGGGCCCAGAUGAGUUUGAGCUGGAGGUCCUGGCAAGCAGCCCAGGUGUGGAGGGCUUCUGGGAGGAGGCAGCAAGUGGUGAGGAGCCGGCCCUGCCAGGGACCCCUGCAAAUGGGAGUGCGCAGGAGGCCCUCUCGGAUCCCUGCGAGAACAACCCUUGCCUGCAUGGGGGCACCUGUAAAGCCAAUGGCACCAUGUACGGCUGUAGCUGUGACCAGGGCUUCACCGGGGAGAACUGCGAGAUCGAUAUCGACGACUGUGUCUCCAGCCCCUGUGAGAACGGAGGCACCUGCAUCGACGAGGUCAACACCUUCAUCUGCCUUUGCCUCCCCAGCUAUGGGGGCAGCCUCUGCGAGAAAGACACGGAGGGCUGUGACCGAGGCUGGCACAAGUUCCAAGGCCACUGCUACCGCUACUUUGCCCAUCGGCGGGCGUGGGAGGACGCCGAGCGGGACUGCCGCCACCGAGCCGGCCACCUGACCAGCAUCCACUCACCUGAGGAACAUGGCUUCAUUAACAGCUUCGGGCGUGAAAACACGUGGAUCGGCCUGAACGACAGGAUCGUGGAGAGGGAUUUCCAGUGGACGGACAACACGGGGCUGCAAUAUGAGAACUGGCGAGAGAACCAGCCUGACAAUUUCUUCGCGGGUGGGGAGGACUGUGUGGUGAUGGUGGCGCAUGAGAGUGGGCGCUGGAACGAUGUUCCCUGCAACUACAACCUCCCCUACGUCUGUAAGAAGGGCACAGUGCUGUGUGGACCCCCUCCAACAGUGGAGAACGCCUCGCCCAUUGGUGCCCGAAAGGCCAAAUAUAAUGUGCAUGCCACUGUACGCUACCAGUGUGAUGAAGGAUUUGCCCAGCGCCACGUGGCCAUCAUCCGGUGCCGGAGCAAUGGCAAGUGGGACCGGCCCCAAAUUGUCUGCACCAAACCCAGACGGUCCCACCGAAUGCGACGACACCAUCACCACCACCAGCACCACCACCAGCAUCGCCACCACAAACUGCGCAAGGAACGCAGAAAACACAAGAAACACCCAGCGGAGGACUGGGAGAAGGAAGAGGGGAAUUUCUGCUGA